AUGAGGGUGCUCUGUGCCUUCCCUGAAGCCAUGCCCUCCAGCAACUCCCGCCCCCCCGCGUGCCUAGCCCCGGUGGCGCUCUUCUUGGCUCUGUUGCUCCAUCGCUCCCUUUCCUCCCAAGCUGGAGACAGGAGACCCUUGCCUGUAGACAGAGCUCCAGGUAUGAAGGAAAAGACCCUGAUUCUACUUGAUGUGAGCACCAAGAACCCAGUCAGGACAGUCAAUGAGAACUUCCUCUCUCUGCAGCUGGAUCCGUCCAUCAUUCAUGAUGGCUGGCUCGAUUUCUUAAGCUCCAAGCGUCUGGUGACCCUGGCCCGGGGACUUUCUCCCGCCUUUCUGCGCUUCGGGGGCAAAAGGACCGACUUCCUGCAGUUCCAGAACCUGAGGAACCCGGCAAAAAGCCGUGGGGGUCCCGGCCCGGAUUACUAUCUCAAAAACUAUGAGGAUGACAUUGUUCGAAGUGAUGUUGCCUUGGAUAAACAGAAAGGCUGCAAGAUUGCCCAGCACCCUGAUGUUAUGCUGGAGCUCCAACGGGAGAAGGCAGCUCAGAUGCAUCUGGUUCUUCUAAAGGAGCAAUUCUCCAAUACUUACAGUAAUCUUAUAUUAACAGCCAGGUCUCUAGACAAACUUUAUAACUUUGCUGAUUGCUCUGGACUCCAUCUGAUAUUUGCUCUAAAUGCACUGCGUCGUAAUCCCAAUAACUCCUGGAACAGCUCUAGUGCUCUGAGUCUGUUGAAGUACAGUGCCAGCAAAAAGUACAACAUUUCUUGGGAACUGGGUAAUGAACCAAAUAACUAUCGGACCAUGCAUGGCCGGGCAGUAAAUGGCAGCCAGUUGGGAAAGGAUUACAUCCAGCUGAAGAGCCUGUUGCAACCCAUCCGGAUUUACUCCAGAGCCAGCUUGUAUGGCCCUAAUAUUGGGCGGCCCAGGAAAAACGUCAUCGCCCUUCUAGAUGGAUUCAUGAAGGUGGCAGGAAGCACAGUGGAUGCAGUUACCUGGCAACAUUGCUACAUUGAUGGCCGGGUGGUCAAGGUGAUGGACUUCCUGAAAACUCGCCUGUUAGACACACUCUCUGACCAGAUUAGGAAAAUUCAGAAAGUGGUUAACACAUACACCCCAGGAAAGAAGAUUUGGCUUGAAGGUGUGGUGACCACCUCAGCUGGAGGCACAAACAAUCUAUCAGAUUCCUAUGCUGCAGGAUUCUUAUGGUUGAACACUUUAGGAAUGCUGGCCAAUCAGGGCAUUGAUGUUGUGAUUCGGCACUCAUUUUUUGACCAUGGAUACAAUCACCUUGUGGACCAGAAUUUUAACCCAUUACCAGACUAUUGGCUCUCUCUCCUUUACAAGCGCCUGAUCGGCCCCAAAGUCCUGGCCGUGCAUGUGGCUGGGCUCCAGCGGAAGCCCCGGCCAGGCCGGGUGAUCCGGGACAAACUAAGGAUUUAUGCUCACUGCACGAACCACCACAACCACAACUAUGUUCGAGGGUCCAUUACGCUUUUUAUCAUCAACUUGCACCGAUCAAGAAAGAAAAUCAAACUGGCCGGGACUCUCAGGGACAAGCUCGUGCACCAGUAUCUGCUGCAGCCCUAUGGACAGGAGGGCCUGAAGUCCAAGUCAGUGCAGCUGAACGGCCAGCCCCUAGUGAUGGUGGACGAUGGGACCCUCCCAGAACUGAAGCCCCGCCCCCUGCGGGCCGGCCGGACAUUGGUCAUCCCUCCAGUUACCAUGGGCUUUUAUGUGGUCAAGAAUGUCAACGCUUUGGCCUGCCGCUACCGAUAAAUCCCCUUACACUCACAAAUCACCAGCAGGCCUGCCAGACUACUUUCCACUCUUCUGCCCUAAUGGUAUCAGUAUUUUUUCAGG